ACCACGCAUGCGUAGGAAUUAUGCGCAUGCGCGGCGCAGACCCAGCAGGAAGGUACUAAGAUCGCGUAGUGACAGGAGAAGACGCGCCCUCACGUCUACAGCGGCUGGACAGGCGACAGGUUUUCCCCGGAAAUUCAGCCUUGUGCGGCUGUCACGCUUUUUAAAACUGGGGUUCGGUCCAGGAUGGCGGCAGACGGAUGGAAAUACUGAUGACUGUCCGAAAAAUCGCCUCGAUUUGUACGAUGGGCACCAAUGCCUCUGCUUUGGAGAAGGAAAUUGGACCAGAACAGUUCCCUGUUAAUGAACAUUACUUUGGCUUGGUCAAUUUUGGCAACACAUGUUACUGUAACUCAGUGCUGCAGGCUCUGUACUUCUGCCGGCCCUUCCGGGAAAAAGUGCUGGCCUACAAGGUGCAGCCUCGACGUAAAGAGAGCUUGCUCACCUGCUUGGCAGAUCUUUUCAACAGCAUCGCUACACAGAAGAAAAAAGUAGGAGUCAUCCCGCCCAAGAAGUUCAUCUCACGCCUGAGGAAGGAAAAUGAGUUGUUUGACAACUACAUGCAGCAAGAUGCACAUGAGUUCCUUAACUACCUGCUCAACACCAUUGCCGACCUGCUGCAAGAGGAAAAAAGCCAAGAGCGACACCAAAAUGGCAAGCUGGUGCAGAAUGGAGGGGCUGGAGGAGGAGGAGGAGGAGGAAGUGGGACCACCACAGGGGAGGCGAAUUCAGCCGAGAAGAAUCAGCAGACCUGGGUGCAUGAGAUCUUCCAGGGCACGCUGACCAAUGAGACGCGUUGCCUCAACUGUGAAGCGGUAAGCAGUAAAGACGAGGACUUUUUGGACCUUUCUGUGGACGUGGAGCAGAACACAUCUAUUACACACUGUCUCAGGGGCUUCAGUAACACUGAGACAUUAUGCAGUGAAUACAAGUACUACUGUGAGCAGUGUCGAAGUAAGCAGGAGGCACAGAAAAGAAUGCGGGUUAAGAAAUUACCCAUGAUCCUAGCUCUGCAUCUAAAGCGCUUUAAAUACAUGGACCAGUUGAAUCGCUACACCAAGCUUUCCUAUCGUGUGGUCUUCCCUCUGGAACUGAGACUCUUCAAUACCUCUGGAGAUGCUACCAACCCAGACCGCCUCUAUGACCUCGUGGCUGUAGUAGUUCACUGUGGGAGUGGUCCAAAUCGUGGUCAUUACAUCACUAUAGUGAAGAGUUAUGGCUUCUGGCUUCUGUUCGAUGAUGACAUUGUAGAGAAAAUAGAUGCCCAGGCAAUAGAGGAGUUCUACGGCUUGACGUCCGACAUUUCCAAAAACUCAGAGUCAGGCUACAUCCUCUUUUACCAGUCCAGAGACUGAAAUGACGGCGGUAUGGGAACGAGACCGUGUGCCUAUGUGAGAGUCAGGCUUGGGCAGAAGGCUUGGGCUACGUAUGCCCCCUAAAUUCAGACCCCCACAGCCGAACCCUGGGUUCAUCUAGGUGUAUCAGCAAGGCUUUGCACUGGAGCUGCAAGCAAGCAAACAGAAGGUAGGAGCAGUGGUUGCCAAAGGAACCUGGGCAGCACAGCCAUCUCCGAACAGAGGGAAUCAAAGCCUGUAGGUUCUCCAUCACACAGUCGUUAUUUGGGUUAAACAUUCAUCAUGACUUGUAGUUGCAAAGAGACAUUUGCAACAUUUUAGCCAUAACAGGAUGGUCUGUAUGAAAUCAGUAGCAUUUAGAGGACUAACAUUAUGGAAAUAUAAGUGAAAAUCAUGUCUGAUGAAGAGAUUAUCAUCGCUUUUAAUGUCUGGUAAUCAUUAUUUAUUUAAACCUAUAUUACCAGACAUGUAAAAACAUUUAAUAUUGUUUGCCUACUAGGCAGUCAGCUAUUCAUGAUAGUCUCUUGUAUUUACACUAGAUUACUCAUUACAUAUUAAAUGUGGCAAUAAUACAGUGCAGCUCUGCUCCAUCUUGGCGAUCUAAUUCAGCUAGUUUUGAUUACAGUGAUGUGGAUGUUUGAUUUAUUUUGAGUUUUCUUUUAAAAAGGCAACAUCAGUCUUGUGGAGCAAAGAGGACAGAAUGCAGACACUGAGCCUGUGCUCCAGUUUAGUAUGAGGUGGUUAUAUGAGGUGGGCUUGGCUUGGCUUUUGUGAUUUUGGUUGAGUGUUGAGUCAAUUAGAUUCUAAUUUAAAAUGCACCCUGUGAGUGCAGUGCAUUGAUUGUAAUGCAGUGCACACUUUUUGGAACACAAUGCAAACAGCAGUGUUGACAUUGUAGACUGUAAUCAUUUUAAUUCAUUCUCAUCAGGGCCGCCUGGGUCCGGUUUCACCAGGAAUGCUGGGCAUAAGGUAGAUAUACCCUGGACAGGGCAAAAUGGUUGUUUAGUCUUAACAUUCAAAGGACACAUCAAUCGUAUAAAGUUAUGAUCCAAGGAUAUUGGCAGUGUAAGCUAAAAUCAAAGGCUUUAUUUUUUUUAUGUAGUUUUUAUCAGUUCCCAACCACCUUAAGGACAAAUACCUUUACAUACCGUAGUUCUCCAGACAUGUUUUCCUGAUACAAAGUUACCGGUUUAACAAGUCAAAUUAGCCAUGAUAUUAUGGCUGUUAUAUAAAGCUUGAAUAAUGUCAUAAACAGGCACCAGAAACAACAAGCAUCCUUCAGCAUUAUUCAAAGACCUGGUUCAAUUUAUGUUUGACACAACAGAAUCAUAAGGGCAUAUGGUGUUACAUGCUGGUGUAUCCUGACAUACUGUGUUUAGAACACUUUAUACAUCCUGAUUACCACCUUGAUUGAACUAGUAGCAUUGUGUGUUAUAACUACCUGUCUGCAUUAACUGAAUGUUUAAGAAGUUAUUUUUUCAGUUUGAAUAGUAAGCAAAGGAAUGGAGAAAGGCCUGAAGACAGUACUUAAUAAUUUAAACAAAAUUCUAUUUAUUAUUUUUUGUUAUUAUGUUUAUUUUUCUUAUGUUUUGCUAUAUAAUCUUUUUGAGCAUGCCACCGAAGACAUGGAAUGUUAUUUGGGCAAAUUCUGUAUGGCUUCAGAAAUGUGUGAUUAGGGAGUCAGCAUCUUUUAUCAUUGCUACAGGCUACAUUCAUUGUGUUCACUGACAUUUAUGCACUGAUCUUUGUAAUUUAAAUGAGCUAAAUUAACAUUAAUAAGCCAGAUUGCAUCUGCAGCUUGUGAAAGGCGAUGCGGUCCAAAUCAUGUGGAAUCAUGCUUUCGUUCACAGCACCAUAGUAUGUGAUAUUUCACCAGUUUUGUGGACAGUAAUCCCCCAUCCCCAACUACUGCCUGGUGCGUACAAUAGCAAUGUUGAUUCAGUAUGGGUUUUAAAAAGUGCACUUUGAUGAACAAUGUACAGAUUGGGGAAAAUGUAAAAGGCUGAGAAGGAAGUUUAUGGAAUGUGAAUGAAUCAUGGGUUUUGUUGAACCUGAUCCUAAUAAAAAGCAAAAGAAAAUCA